UUCAUAACCUGCUGCAUAGUUCCCGUGCUCACCUGUAGGAGGAAGCGUGACAAGAGCGCGGGAAAUAAGUUCGAUGGUCUGCUAGUGUGUUGUUGUUGACGUUGUGCUUGCAACAAACUGGACGCCACUCGUUGGUGUAUUUAUUUUUUUUUGCAACGGAGCACACGGAUCCCUCAAGUUUAAUUGUCUAUUCGAGAUACAUCAUUUAUAAAUUAUCGUUCGCUGCUGGAAAUGGAUAAACUCGACCAAGCGCUUACUAAACUAGAAUACGCAAUCGACCACUUUCCACUUGGAGCAUCUUCUCCUGAAAAUUACAAAUCCUAUGAAGAGCAGAUUGCUGAUGUGAGAAAUUCUCUCAAAUGGAUCAAUGCCAGGGAAAUAACUCUCAGAGCUUUGAUCGACUCGAAUUCAACAGAAGAUUUGCCAGAAGGAGAUCUCAAUCAAGCGCUGGAUGAAUUGAACGAACGCACAUCCAAUUUAUUGAUUAAUAAAAAUACUUUGCAACUUGGAUACCACAGCAAAGCUAUCCAGGAUGUUGUUUAUGGUGGGGCAGGAACAGAAGAAGUGCAAUUAAGGAUGAAAGCGUGCCUAAACAAAUUAUUUUUGAAAAAUGAUGAACUGGCGAUGCAGUAUGAAAAGAAGAAAGAGCUGAUGAAAAAAGAGUAUGAAUUACAAUUGGAAUGUCAUAAGGCUAUUUAUGAUCAUCAAGAAUUUUUGAAAGAAAGAGAAAAUAAAAGAAAUCAAGAGCUUCAGGAGAAUAAUCCUGAUUUAAUGACCGUUAGAGACAAAAUUUUACGCUCUAUUUUCAAAAUUCACACUCAGAAAAAGCUCAUAACUAAUCUAAUAGGAUCCAUGUGCCACAAAUUACAAAACCAUCCAGAAUUAGUAGAUUUGUUGGCCAAGCAUAAAGACGUAAUCAACCUUGAAACUAUUGUGGAAAUGACCCACAGUAAGAGUUCAACUGAUAGCUCAUAACAAAUUUUUUAUAAAAAUUGUAAUUUUUAUAAACAAUUGGUUGUACAACCUAGUUAAUAUUAAUGUACUAGUCAUCUUUUAUAUAAAAUUUAUGUUUUUUAACAGUUGUGUUAAAAUUCAUUUACUUUAAUUCCAACUUACAACUCAUACCAAUUAAGAUAAAAGUAAUGUUGGAAACGAUGUUAUCGCUU